AUGGCCGUCUCCGACGUCGUCGAUUUCAUCAAGCGCGAGCUCAACGCGACCAACCCCGCGGUUCGCGAGGCUAACGCCAUCUUGCUCCGCUCCGCCGCGAUGUUCGUCGCGAGCGUCGUCUUCAUGCGAAACUUUGGCGAACUUCUCGCGGUGUGA